CUUUGUAGGAUAAACACAAUAUCGAUUCUUAUGGAUUUCGUCGGACUCCAAGACCUUGAUCUCUUUCAUUUGUUCUUCCACCGAAGAGCCUUUUCUUUUUUAAUGUAAGUUAACACUACCAUUGAAGGUGGAAUAUAUACCAUUAAAGCACCAAAAAGGAUAAACAUUUUGGGUCUGACACCAAUGUUUACUAGAACUAGAAAACAUUACUCUUUGGCAGAUUAGUAAAUUACCCCUUGGCUAUAUAUUUGUUCGAAAACAAAAUAAACCUGUCGCCCUUUCUCCUUGCGGUCCUCGGCAAGCAGUGUCAUUUUAACAUCUUCUUCCUAACAACACUUGCACCAAUUGCUUUCCCAUCAGAAACCCCAUGCCAAUUUCCCUCACUCUGCUAAAGCAACGGGCUAAAUCCUAGGCGAUAUCUGUCUCUUGCAAAGUCGAUUUGUUGUCAUGGAGGAGCAUCGAGUACGAAGAGGCAAAUAUUUAGUCAUUUUUGAGGAUACAGUUGAGUGCUAAGUGUUUGUCAGUAUUCAUAGGCAUCAGCCUUUUCAAAUUCUACGCUGAAGAUGUCUCUGUCUUUGAGUUCAACUGCAUUAUCUAAUGAAGAUAAAGAGUCCCAUCAGGAGAAUGUGCUCUUGGUACGCAACAACUUAUCCAACAAUGGAAGUCCUCUAGAACAAGAGGCUGAUGAACAAAAGAAUGAAAACCAUGAUGGUGGUUGUAACAGGGAUGGCAAUGAGAUUGAGUAUGACGAAGAUGAGGAAGAGGAUGUGGACUUUAAUCCUUUGUUAAAAGAAGCUGUUUCUCCUGAUGCUUCUUCAAGCCUGAGCUCAGAAAUCGAGGGUUUGGAUGCUGAUAUUGUUGACAGUGUGGAGAACAUUGCUGAAUCAUUGAAAGCUUAUUGCAAAGAAAGAAUGCCAGGUUUGCUACAGGACUGUCUCAUUGGAGACAAAGAACUUGGUGAGGAAACUGUGAUGCAAAAUAGAGCUUCUUCUGGAGCUUGUCCAGAAGACGUGAAGAAAAUCUCUUCUUCUGAACUCAAGAAGAGAGAAUCUGUUUUGGAUACUGAACCUGAAAGUGGAAUUUCAAAUAACAAGAGGACUGUAUUUAGUGGAGGGGGAGAGGGCAUUGAAGAUCUUUCAGUUGGAGAGUGUAACAAUGUUGCAAAUUCAAGGAGAUCCAUCAUAGAUAUGGAUAAUGAAGAUGCUAUAUGUAAGCGCACUAGAGCGCGGUACUCACUUGCUAGCCGUACACUUGAUGAACUCGAGACAUUUCUUCAAGAAACAGAUGAUGAGGAUGAUCUUCAGAAUGCUGACGAUGAAGAGUACAGGAAGUUUCUUGCAGCUGUUUUACUGGGUGGAGAUGGAAAUUCUGGAAAUGUACAAGAGAAUGAAAAUGCUGAUGAUGAAGAUGAAGACAACGAUGCAGAUUUUGAGCUUGAAAUUGAGGAGGCAUUGGAGAGUGACAUUGAUGAACACGUGAAGGAUGAUGCUGAAGAGGAGUACGAGGCUGUUAGUCGAAGACCUAAGACUAGGCAAAUUAGGCGCCAAAGAGCUUCUGUUGAGAACAAGAAGAAAGUUUUAGGACUGUCAAAUAGGCCACUACGCCCUUUGUUACCAUAUCUGCCCAUUUCUCCUUACUCUGGACAUGGUGCAAAAAGCAUGAUGUUGCCAAGAUGUUCUCUAGCUUCACCCAAUCUGUCGGCUACAAAUGAUGGCUGUAUGAAUGGAUUUACAGCCCAUCAGAUAGGACAAUUACAUUGUUUGAUACAUGAGCAUGUUCAACUUCUUAUUCAGGUUUUUGCCGUUUGUGUUCUUGAGCCGGCCAGACAGCACAUUGCUUCUGAUGUUCGGGAAUUGAUAUCACAAAUGCUUCAUAAACGUGAUGAAGUGUUAGCAAGUAGGAGUGUGCCAUAUCCCAGUUUUUGCUUCUUCUCCCCAUAUGUUCAUCCCUCAGUGUCUGAUGAACCUUUGAAGACUUCGCCUUCCCAAAUCACCAACAAAAUGUCUUCAGCACAUGUUUUGCAGGGAGACUGCUCAUCUGAACUUAACAUGGUGCAGCCUUUUGAUGGAAUUUCUCCUUCAAGAGGAAGACAUGAUGCUAUUAGUCAAGUGGGAUGCCCUGUAGGCUCCUGGGUACCUUAUAUAAGUGGUCCAAUACUAUCUGUUCUUGAUGUGGCUCCAAUCAAAUUAGUUAAGGACUUCAUGGAUGACGUUUCUCAUGCUAUGCAAGAUUAUCAACAUCGGCAACUAGGAGGUAUGGAUGAUAUCUGCUCCGAGAAGGAACCCUUGUUUCCUGUGCAAAGUAUUCAUUUUACUGCUGAACCUGAUGGUCAGGCUUCCUUGUAUUCAAACAUUGUGCCUCCUCCUUCAUCAAGUUUUCGAACAUCAAAGAAGACUAUGGCUGCUGUAUUAGUAGAAAAAGCUAAAAAACAGGCAGCUACUCCUGUUCCAAAGGAGAUUGCUAAGUUAGCCCAGCGCUUCUAUCCUUUGUUUAAUCCUGCUCUGUAUCCCCAUAAGCCACCCCCUGCAGCAGUAGCAAACCGGGUGCUUUUUACUGAUGCAGAGGAUGAAUUAUUAGCAUUGGGUUUGAUGGAGUAUAAUACAGACUGGAGGGCAAUUCAGCAGCGCUAUCUUCCUUGCAAAUCUAAGCAUCAGAUUUUUGUCAGGCAGAAGAAUCGCUCAUCAUCUAAAGCACCUGAAAAUCCAAUAAAGGCUGUUCGGAGGAUGAAAAACUCUCCCUUGACAGCAGAAGAGGUUGCACGUAUUGAAGAGGGUCUGAAGGUGUUCAAGCUUGACUGGAUGUCAGUGUGGAAGUUUAUUGUUCCUUAUAGAGAUCCUUCCUUGUUACCCCGGCAGUGGCGCACUGCUAUUGGAACUCAGAAAUCAUAUAAAUCUGAUGCUAGUAAGAAGGCAAAACGUCGGUUAUAUGAAGAGAGAAGAAAAUCAAAAGCUGCUGCUUUGGAAACUUGGCAUAUUUCUUCCGAAAAGGAGGAUAAUGUUGCUGACUAUGCUGUAGCAGAAAAUAGUGGUGCAGAUAAUUGUACAGAAAGAGAUGAGGAAGCUUAUGUUCAUGAGGCCUUUUUGGCAGAUUGGAGGCCUGCUGUAUCCAGCAUCCAAGUGAAUCAUUCUAUGUCAGACCUGGCAAAGAAAAUUCCUCCUGCUCAGCUAUUGGGAGAUGAGAGUUCUCUAGUUGCUGAAGAGAUGAAUAGCAGUCGUUCUAGAAAUGGGCAAUCGCACAUCUCUAACGAGUUCCCUGUUUCUCUGAGGGCCUCGGAAACCAAGUCCUUUUCGCAGCCAUACCGAGCCCGUAAAUUUAACAAUGGACAAUUGGUCAAAUUAGCUCCGGGCCUGCCUCCUGUUAAUCUUCCACCAUCUGUUCGAGUAAUAUCUCAGUCGGCUUUUAAAAGCUAUCACGGUGGAACGUAUCCAAGGGCUUUUGGUGGGGAUGCUUGUACGGGUGAUAAUGUGAGAGACAACACAGUCCCAAAAAUUGCAAGUGCUGCAAAGAAUUAUUUUGUGAAAGAUGGACCGUUUAGCAGUAGUGCUGGGAAGAACACUAUAAGUAAUCAGAAUCUAAAGGAAACCAGUCUGCCAAAGGAUAAUAAGAAUGUUACCGAAGGAAAGGAUGAGUCAGGUCUACAGAUGCAUCCUUUGCUCUUCCGGGCCCCUGAAGAUGGCCCUUUGCCAUAUUAUCAGUCUAACUCUAGUUUAAGUACAUCCAGUUCGUUCAAUUUCUUUUCGGGUUGUCAACCUCAACUGAAUCUUAGCCUGUUUCAUCAUCCACGCCAAUUAGCCCAUACUGUUAACUUUCUUGACAAGUCUUCUAAGCUCAGGGACAAAACUUCAAUUUCAUCUGGUUUUGACUUUCAUCCACUUCUGCAAAGAACUGAUGAUGCAAAUUGUGACUUGGAAGCUGCAUCCUCUGCUGCACGAACCUCAUGUAUCUCAGAGUCAUCAAGAGGAAGGUGCACUCAAGUUCAGAAUGCUGUCGAUAGUAGUUCAAAUGUUGCCUGUUCUAUACCCUCUAGCCCUGUGGGAAAAAGCAAUGAGGUUGACUUGGAGAUGCACUUGAGUUUCACGUCCAGAAAGCAGAAAGCCAUGGGAAGCAGAGGAGACACUGACCAUUAUAUGGGAAGAUCACCAACUAGUGCUUCAGAUUCUGGAGAUCAAAAUCAUCACAUCAAUAGAACUCCAAAUAGAACCACACAGCACCAUGAUUCAGGUGCUACUGCAAUGAUUUUAUCCAGCGACGAAGAAAAUGGAAAUGACGUUGAUUAUAUGCCAGACCAGUCUCUUGCAGAAAUUGUGAUGGAGCAGGAAGAGUUAAGCGACUCAGAGGAAGAAAUAGAAGAAGAUGUAGAGUUUGAGUGCGAAGAGAUGGAGGACUCAGAAGGAGAGGAGAUAUUUGAAUCUGAGGAGAUAAUUAAUGAUAAAAAUGAGGUUGUCGACUUCCAUCAGACUAUGGAAGUAAAUGGCAUUCGCUUUUGGUGUUAUACUGCCGGUCAUGUUUUUGGUGCUACCAUGUUUAUGGUUGAUAUUGCUGGUGUUCGAGUUCUCUAUACAGGAGACUACUCCGGUGAAGAAGACAGGCAUCUCCGUGCUGCUGAGACCCCAGAGUUUUCUCCAGAUAUUUGCAUUAUAGAAUCAACUUAUGGUGUUCAACUCCAUAUGCCACGUCAGAUAAGAGAGAAGCUUUUCACUGAUGUGAUACACUCAACACUCAUGCAAGGGGGUCGGGUGCUGAUUCCUGCUUUCGCCUUGGGAUGUGCACAAGAACUUCUCCUUAUCCUGGAGGAAUAUUGGUCUAGCCAUCCUGAACUUGCUAAUUUCCCCAUAUAUUAUGCUUCUCCACUUGCAAGAAGGUGUAUGGCUGUCUAUCAGACUUACAUCAAUGCCAUGAAUGGAAGGAUCCGCAAUCAGUUUGUCAGCUCAAAUCCCUUCAAUUUCAAACAUUUUUCUUCCCUGAAUAGUAUUGAGGAUUUUAUAGACAACAAACCAUGUGUGAUGGCAAGCCCAGGUAGUCUUCAAAGUGGUUUGUCAAGGCAACUGUUCGAUAAAUGGUGCUCUGACAAGAGAACUGCUUGUGUUAUACCUGCUUAGGGGAUUUCUAGCAAGGCAGUCCAUUUAUUUCUUCUUGAAUUAGUUUAGAGGUGUCAAAAUCGGCUCCAGACCCGCCCAUUUGUUGAACUCAGCUCCUCUUGACCCAGCCAUCUCAAGACAUCUAAAGUGUAAAAAUUGCAUGGGCGCCCUAUUUGGUUGCUCCCAUUUAACUUGUACCCAUUUCUUUUUAA